GCCGCCAUGGCGGCGGCGCCGGGCUUGGAGGAACUCUUCGCGCUGGAGCUGCUCGUGGAGGCGGUGCGGGUGGCGGUGCCGGUGCCGGGCUCCGCGCUGCGCCCGGCCGUGGCGCUGCGCCUCCUGGACUUCCCCACUCUCCUGCUGCGCCCCGCCGCCGCCGCGCCGCCCCUGCGGCCGGGGCGGACUUUCCCCUUCGGCCGCGGCAAGCGCUGCCUCUUCCGCUGGCGCCGGGGCUCUCUCUGCGCCGCGCUCCGCCGCCGGCCGCUCCGCGCCUUGCUCCUGGCGCUGCCCGCCGGGCUCGCCCCGGGCCCCCCACGCCUCCUCGGCAGCUGCGGCGUCUCCCUGGCCCCCGCCGCCGCCGAGCUACUGCAGCGGCCCGGGGCGGCUGCCUCUUGCGGUCGCCGCGGCUCCUUCCUGCUGCGGGACUCCGCGGGCCACCCUGUCGGGGAACUGGUCCUGGGCUACAGCCUCACCAGCCUGGAGGCCGGUGAGGAGCUGUCCCCGCCGAGCCCGGCCAGCCCCCGCGCUGCGACGCCGCCCGCUGCCUCCCCUGAGCCGCGAGGCGAGGAGGAGGACGGUGAGGAGGAGGAGGGUGAGGAGGAGGAUGAGGAGCUGCAGGGCAACAUCUUUUGCCCUCCCGUACUGUAUUACAGCCGCAAGUCUGCUGAGCCUCAUCUGCCGCCAGCAGCAGCAGCCACAGGGAAAUGGGAGCAUGUCAAGGCCUGGAGACCGCAGGAGCAAGAGAAGGGCCAGAGCCCCCCACAUCCCAGCGCUGGGCCCUCAUUGCUGCACCCUGCCAGCCCUCGACAGCUCCACAACACCCUGGGGCAGCUGCCGCUACUCAGUGCCUUGCUGGCAGAGCUGUCGGUGCUCACCCGCAGUACUACUCCUGCUGCUGUCCACCCCCAUCUGGCCUGGCUCUACCAGCCCCCAGAGCGUGGUGGCAUGGCCUCGCAGCCCCCCAGCCCCAGCUCUGCCCUCAAGCCUCCAGAGGCACCUGUGGGGCCUGGCAGGAGCUGCAGUGCUGCCAGCCCUAGAUUCAAGCAAGGCUGGCAAGAGGCCGCCUCACCAGGGUCUUCUCAGGCUGGGAAAGGACCCAAGGAGGCUGUACCCCAGAGGGAGACAGACUCUGAAAGGAACCGCAAAACUAAGGAAAACAGACCUCCCAGAAGGAAACUGUUGUAUGGGCUGACAAAUACACUGAGGCUACGGCUGCAGCGGACCAACCCUGAUAAGCUGAUAAUUCAUGAAAAGAGAGAGCAGUACAGAAAAAAACAAAUGGAGAUGCUGAAGGAGAAAAGCCCUUUAUCCAAAAGAAAGCUGCUUAGAAAUGCCGGAGAACAGCAUGUGGCUUCUUACAGGCACCGUAGCAAGGGAGAGACUUCAAAGCAGAAUAAUCAGUUUGAUAAAACUGGUAAGACUUCAUUACAAAACAGUGCUCUCACAGAGCACGUUUCCGUGACAGGAGAUGUGUCCCCUGACCUGCAGAAACAGGCUAUUGCAAGUCUAUUGAAGAACAAUGAAACUGCAAGCAAGGAACAUCCAUGCAAAGUAACUACAGCCCCCUUACUGGAAGAAACUCUAUUAAAAUCUGCUCACAAGGAAAAGUAUGGGAAAGCCCAACUCCCUGCAGCUUUCCCAUCAGAGGCUAAUGCAAAGGAAAGUAAUGAGGAAGCAAUACACUUAAUCCACCAUAAAACCGCGGAGCGAGAUGAUGCGUCUGUUGUAAGUGAUCAUAAACCAAGCCCCAGCAGGAGUGUUGAAAACAAUUCUGAAUUCAUAUACUCGGAUGACUUCAUUGCUAGUCCUGAGAACACAGUUUAUUCAGAAGACUUCACCAGUGUUGAGUGUAUGGGCAGAGACUCAGAAGCUCUUGAGAGCAGUCCUGAACCUCUGUGGCUUGAAAGCCCAAAGCGAGGUUGGUCAGAUACAGAGCCGGAAUCCAGUAAGUCCAGAAUUUCAAAGACAAGUCAAAGAGCUGAAAGUACUUCAGAUCUUCUGCCAGUUCCUUCAGUUUCAUCUUCAGUCCAGUCUUUGAAGAGAAACUGUGACUUAAAAACCAGCAAGAGAACUAAUGCUCAAUCUGUUGAUGCACUGAAUGAUGCCUCCAUUCAAGCAAGGUUACUAGAUGAAGAGCAGGAAGCCCAGCAAAUCAGUAGGGAAGAGAACAGGGGUGAUGAGCAUAUGAAACAAGUAUUUACACUGAGAAGCAAACAAGUUAGCUCUGAUACUGAUCUGAAUAUAGGAAAGGGGCAGACCUCUGCAGGAAAAAGCCAGUCAGUAACGCAAGUUAACUCUUACUUGCCAUCUAACAUGUCUGAUCUUGAACUUAGUGUCCUGGAAAACAGUAUGUCAGACAAGAAUGAUGAUUUUCUGGGGAAACUAUGUGUUCCAAAUCAAUACAAAGACAUCAGUGAACUUGUAAUAAACAAACUUCCGGGAUACACAAUGUAAUUGCAAGUUCUCACUGUCUGGAUUAAGAUACGAUAUUUAAACUUUGUAAGGCCUGUUACAUUUACCUGCAAUAUAUACAAGUUAAUUUAAGACUUUAUCAUACACAUUUAAUACAUUGGUG